AUGUCACUAACCCUCCCGUUAGUCUCCAACUCUUUAAUCCCACACACUCCUUCUCUCACAAUCUUCUCUCCCUCUGAUACUGCAUUUACUCAAUCAGGCCAACCCCCUCUUUCUAUCCUCCGUCUCCACUUCUCUCCACUCUCUUUCCCUCUCAAUUCCCUCGAGUCCCUCUCUCUAGGUGCCAAGAUCCCAUCUCUUUUUCCAAAUUAUUCACUUACCGUCACUUCUACCGGCGAUGAUGUUUCACUAAAUGGGGUUAAGAUUAAAGAUUCCCCGGUUUAUGAUGAUGGUUCUUUGGUAAUUCUCGGGGUUGAUAGAUUCUUCGAUACGGGUUUUGGGUCUUCGGGUCAAAAUCUUGGAUGUUCUGUUAAGGCUGGUAGUGAUUAUUACUCGUUUAAUGAGGUUAGUAGGGUUUUGAAGUCAAAAGGCUACUCUGUUAUGGCCUCUUUUCUUGAUUUGCAAUUAAUGGCGGGCUUUACGGACAAGACUGCGUUAACAAUCUUUGCUCCUGUUGAUGAAGUGAUAAAGGCUUCUCUCGGGGAUUUGAGGGAGUACUCUUCAAUGUUUCUCAAGCAUGUUGUUCCUUGCAAGAUUAUGUGGGGCGAUUUGGUUAAUUUGGAUGAUAGGGUUGUUUUAGAGACUUAA